AUGUUGACCAAUAAAACAGUAAAACGAUGGCAAUGCAGUAAGCGAACAUGUAAGGCAUUUGUGAAAACCCAAGAAUCUGACGAUACAAUAGUGCAAUCAGUUUUGGAUCACAAUCAUGAAAAGUUAUCCGAUGAAGUUUUUAAUAGACAUUUCGUGAGUAAUUCAGUUAAGCGUAAAGGAGUGGAGGAUAUUUGUGAAAAACCCUUAAAACUCAUUAGAAACGAAAUUAAAAAUUCUGCAGUCGAGGCCUUAACCACAAAAGACAUUGUUGAUAUUAUGGGCAAUAUUAAUCCCACUGAACUAAAUGUAAAAGUUUCAAAAGCUAAUAAUACUAGAGAUAGCGGAAUACUUAUUGGGUGUAGUAAGAAUGAAGACUCAUCUAAAUUUAAAGAUGCAGCUAACGCAAAAUUAUCAGAUGCUUACGAAGUAAAAGAAAUUAAAAGUAGAAACCCGAAAAUUAGAAUAGUUGUAAUGAUUGAGAAGCAUGAACCUGACGAACUUAUUUCGUUACUUAAGUACCAAAACGAUGUCAUCCAAUCGUCCAGAGCGUUGUGA